AUGUUUCAGAAUACGACACGUCCAACAGAUCAAAGCGGAGAUGAAGUACAAGAUUACAAUGAAAUGCCGAAGAGAGAGAGAGAGAGCGAGAGAGGACCGCUGACUGCUGUAUAUUCAUUUAUAAAAUGUUCUGAUAGGUUGGAUUUACAUCCUGUUCUGAAAUAUCCGAAAUAUUUUUAUAUAUAUUUCUGUGAUCCCAUCUAUAUAACGGAUACUUUUCUUCACAUUGUACACAGACAAGUGAAAGACGAAGCUGUUCGAAGGGAAUACUUACCAAAGUCUGCGUUUCUUAUUUUGCUGGAUAUUAUUUCGGUGAUUCCAAUAAUGAGUUUUAUCGCGGACAAAAAUAUCUGUCUUCCACCACAAUUCUGGCCCAAUAUUUUAGCUUUCAAUGAAUAUGUUAUAAUUUACAGAGUAGUUGAGCAUUUCAACUUGGUGUAUACCCACUCAAUCAUGAGUUUAAUAGUUGGCUAUCUGAUAUUGUACAUGCUUACAGUCAACGCACUCACCUGUGGUUUUUUGUUACUGACAUAUUCAAAAGGGGGACUUUGCCCAAGAUGUAAUGUAGGACCAGGUGUAUACGACUGGCGUGCUUUCAUUUUUACACGGUUUAAUGAAUCAUCAGAAAUUCACACAUACAUAUAUGGUGCAACAUUAAUGAUCUCGUUACUUAUGUCUAAGCUAGUUGAUCAAAUUAGACCUAGAACCAUAAUAGAAUUUCAAAUUGCUACAGCGGCCUUGAUAGCUGGAUACUUAACGUCGUCAUCAGUCGUAAUGCCUAAAUUUUUUGCUGAAGGAUUGUUGAGAACGCGUCGCAUAACGUCUUUUAAUUACCGAGUUAAAAGAAUAAUUGAGGACAUCGAAAGACGAAAUCCAAACAAACGAGCUCAUAAAGCUGUUGAAGAAUUUUAUUCCCUAAUGUGGGAAAAACGUAAAGGUAUUACAAGUAUUCCAGAAGUCAUGAGUGAGUUUCCAGCAUAUUUAAAAGUUGAUAUCAAAAUCGAUCUUGUCUGGCCUGUUUUUCAUCAUAGUCCAACAUUUAGGAAGACAUCAUCAUCCUACAAAAGAUGGUUGUGCGAAUUCAUUCGUUUAGAGUAUAAACUACCCGGGGAAAGAUUCUUUGCAGGCUCUCACUGUUACACGAAUUUGUACUACAUUAAAACAGGAAUAGUGCAAAUAUUUUCCACAGAUGACAGUACAUCAGCUCUAUUGUCAGUAACAAGCGGUACACUUUUUGGCGAUACCAGUUUUGUUAUCCCUCCUCUGAACAGAAAGCUAAUCGUACGAUGUCUCACCUAUUGUGAAAUCUUUGUGAUUACACGUGCUGCUAUACUGAAUUCUCUGCAUAUAUUUCCCGAAGAUAGACGCAAUAUAAUGACGUUAGUGAGUGAACGGGUUAAACAUGCGCGUACUCUGUACGCUUGUAAACAACAAAUAAGAGGUUUUGAUCGAACAGAAGAUGAAGGUACAGCAUGGAUCAAAAAGCGUUGGUGGGAAAUUUAUAACACUAUUUCACGUAGCACAAAAGCAAAGGACAAAAAAUACCAAAUACCGCCUGAAGAAAGCUAUUAUCAUUGUGCCAAGUAUAUCGGGCAGUUAGUAUUAUGUUCAGAGAGUCAACUACAAGAAAAGACGAUGUUCUUAAAAAAGACAUUUCCGUGGAUUUUGAUACCUCACACAUCUUUUGAUUACGUUUGGGAACAAAUAGUAUACAUUACAGUUUGGGCGGUACUCAUUUUGUAUCCACCGAAUUUGCUAAAAUUGACUUUAAAUGAAGGAAUGAGUUGGUUUUCAUACUUACAGUAUACUGUUAACUUAAUAUUUUUCGUCGAUAUUCUUAUUACAUUGAUGACUGCCCAAAAAAGUGAAAGCUAUUUGUCAAGAGUACAGCAAGAAGUAUUUUUUUCGCGUUUCAAGGAUUUAUAUUUCGCCCUAGACCUUCUUGCGACAUGUUGGACGGAACAUUUUUUUGUAGCAGUGGGGAUGACGCAAUAUUUUUAUGCAGUACAAUUCAAUCGUUUGCUGAAAGUAUACGUGCUUUUUUGUAACCGGUAUAACGAAACUUGGACGAGGAGAAACGAUCCGACCCAUAGACUAUUGUACGUGAUUGCCUUAACACAUUUUAUUUACUUUUAUGUUUUAGGGUACUUUUUGUACAUUUGCGUAAUGUCAACACCAGCACUAUCUAUCAAAUAUUUCUUUGGAGAGGCUUGUUUGAUUAUUGCAGGAGCCAUUGGUUAUUGUAAAACUCGAACUUUAGGGAUUUUGAGUGUAGUCAUGGAUUAUACUUUUGAGGAAAUAUUUCCCUCUAAUUAUGGAACAACGACAUAUGAUACGUUACUUCGAAUCGCACUUAUGUUUGUUACUUAUAUUAUAAACGUUUUUACGAGAGCUACUCUUUUGCCAAUCUUGUAUUUAAAAUACAGAGAUAUCGUUAACUAUCAGUAUUUUGUGCAUAAUUUAAAAAAGUAUUAUGCUCAUCAUAAUAUACAUCCUGUACUUAUGAAAAGGCUCGAUAGAUACUUGAUAUGCCAGUGGAAAAACUACAAAGGAAUGGAUAUCAUACACCCUACUUCUUUAAAAGAUGAGCCUUAUGACAUUUAUUGGAAAUUGCAAGGUGAAAUCGCUGAGAAGAUUAUUUCAGAAUCAGAUGCGUUUAAAAACGCAGAUCCUCAUUUUAUAAGAGAACUUGCAAAUAAAGCAAAGUUUAUGAUACUUCCAAAGGAUGCAGCAGUGCUUUUGUUCGGUGCACAACAUACAAUUAUAGCGUGGCUUGUCAAGGGAAAGAUUAAAAGUGUAUAUGAAAACGACAACGGCGAGGUAAUUACGACGUACGUAAAUCCCGGAACACUCAUAUCUGUAACUUCUACAUUUAUCGGAAAAGUCCCUCUUAGAAGCUAUAUUACUGCAACAGCCUGUGAGAUACUCUAUAUAAGGAAACAAGAUUAUAGAAUUACGCGCAAACGCUUUCCUAUUGAAAAUUCAUACAUCGAGGCGUGUGAAAAAGAAUUGUUACCGCAAUUCAACGAAAUUCAUCAAAAAUACCAACGAAGACACAGCCUUUUUUAUAAAAAUCAACGCCGGUGUAUAUUUUUGGGCAAACAUUUAUCUAUACCGACGGCGUUGGUGAAUUUCGAGAUGAAUUAUAAACCUAAAUCAAUAUUCUUAGACUAUAUGAUGAAUCCAGAAUCAAUCUUCAUUCGAUGGUGGAUGAGGUUUAGGGUGUGCAUAAUUUUCUUAUCAAUAAUAUGUGCAUCUGUACAAGGUGGUAGCGGAUCAUAUUAUAAAAAGCACCUGCAUCUAGUUACCCUUUUCUGUGACAUCAUUGGUAUUAUUGACAUCUGUAUUAAGUUAUUUUUACCAUAUUAUAACAAACAAGGAUUGAUUAUUAGCGCGAAAAGGAAAUGUAUACUCCAUUACAUAUCACGCGGAUUUAUUUUGGAUGUCAUAGCAAGUUUCCCAGUCCAUGCUCUAUUGGCAAAUCUCGUACUACAUGACCCUUCUGACAACUUUGUGUUUUUGUGUCAAACGUUGUGCAAGUUGGCACACAUAUAUCUAGUAAUAGGACUGUUUGAAUAUGAAGCUAACCAACCAACGGUUAAUGCCGCAUACUUGAUGAUUUUAAAAUGGCAAUUAUCUAUUAUACUGAUCAUGUUUGGAGCUAGCCAUUAUUACAUGACAAAAUGUGUGAAGUUUUCUUGGGAUGCCAAUAAUAACCUGAAUGCUACCAAAAUAAUCACGUGCUGGUUACCAAAUUUUUUACCCUUGGACAAUAAACCUACUAUAGAACAAUUGCAUAUGCUUUACGCUAAAAGUUUAAGCCUUUCGCAGUGCAGCUUUUUGAGAAAUCAAAAUGGGAAAUGGCAAUUGAUAAUCGACAGGUUUUCCUCAGUUAUAUGUUUCUUUCUUCUUGGAGUAAUUUUUUGGUACUUCAUGUGUUACUCUCAAACGUUGUUGGUAUUAAACUUUCGAGGAAAUAAUAUAUUUCAACACGGUCUGAAACAACUUCAAGAUUUUUUAACAUCUGAAAGAGUAAAUAAGGAAGUAACAAAACGAGUCGUAGCCCAUUUCACUUAUUGGUGGAUAAGAACAAAAGGAAUAAACGUACAAAAUUUGAUGUCCGAACGCUUUGGUUUGAUUUUUCGACAAGAUCUAAGUUUUUAUUUUUUUAAAUCGACUGUACUUGCUGCAAAUACGAUACUUCAGGGAGACAUAAAUUUUCAACGAAACUUAGCAUGUCACAUGAUUCUGACUUAUUUUCUUCCCGGUGGAGACAUAAUGAGAGAAAUGGAUUUGACGUCAACCAUUUACUUUGUGCACCGUGGAAAGGUGCAACUAUACAAGAAUGGCCAGAAAGUUGCUUUGCUAUCUAAAGGUUCCAUUUUUGGCCAACUUAGAGACAGUGUGCUACGUCCGAUCCGCGUAACGGCGACUGCUGCAGAACAUGCUGACAUAUUGUGCCUGUCUCUCAAGCAGUUCCACGAUAGCAUUGACGAAGAAAUUCGGAAUAAUAUCAACAUCAAUCCUCAAUCAGAGGAUGAUUACGUGGAAAUAUUGCAGCAAAUUCCUGAAAAAGCAGCCGAUAAUAUACAAUACAUAUUACGUGGACAAAAACUGAUAAAACUACCUAAAAUGCAGAGUCCAGUAACUGUUGAACAAAGUAAAUUGUAUGCUGGCUGGUUAUAUUGCGCUUUGUUCAUCGGUCCAUUCUGUACUUUCGUUAUGAUUCUGAUGUUGGGCGUAGUAGAUGGAGAAACAAGAGACUUAUUUGUGUACAUUUUAAUACUUUUUGAUGUUAUACACCUGGCCAACUUAGUGAUGGAAUAUUUCACGAUGGAGCUAAAGGUAGUUAACGACGAAUGUGUGUACCAACACAUUCGAUUAAGAAAACUCCUAAAUAUAACUUUCUUUUUUGAUGUUAUGUCAUUUUUCUUUGCUAUUGUGGGAUACAUCAGUCGUACUAGGUGGACGUCGAUUGUGAUAAAGAUAUCACUUGUGUCAUUGCUGUUACAUGCAUUAACUUGUGGAUGGAUAUAUGUUGCGUGCAAAGAUGAUUUUCCAAUUCAAAAUCCUGUACUACCUGACAUUUUCGCUCGAGAUAUUGAUUUUAGUGUUUGGAUGGAUCCUAAUAAGCGACACGGAUGCAGAACUACCACCUCAACUUUUACAGUAAAUGGAACAGAACGAGUGGCUUUUCUUGUAGCCAGUAAGUGGACGGAGGACUACACUGUAGCGUUCCUGUAUAUGAUCGUAAUUUUAACUUCUACUAACAUGGAUCACGUGAUUGCUGUCACUGUAAAGCACGUGUAUUACAGAAUUUUCGUUACAAUUCUGCUCUAUUCACUUGAUUUAUGGGUCUGUAGUGUAACUAUCAGCACGGUAUACACUAAGUUCCGUGAAAUAUAUGUCUUUGAUUUCCAAGUAUCUAAUCUUCUUAAUUAUUUAAAACUAAAUGGUCUGUGCGAAGCACUUGUGGAGGCUGUGACGAAAUACAGCAAACAAUUGUGGAAAAGGCAGAAAGGUUGCUGGCUCCCUGAAAUAACACACCAGGCACCGCAUUGUCUGAGAGAGGAUAUAAUGGAAGCUCUUUACAUACACCACUUGCAGACUGCGCCGAUAUUUCAGGAUUUGCCCCAUUAUUUUCUACGACAACUCUCUACGCGACUAACCAGGGUCGUAAUAUAUCCGGGAAAACACAUUGUUAGAGAAGGUGACGUAAUGCCUACUAUUCACUUUAUUCAUGAAGGAGAAGUUGAGAAGUGGCAUACCGAUUCAAGAGGUGAUUCGAGAUUAGCUUCAGUGUUGUUGAUUAAUGGAUACUUUGGUAUAAUACCGGGGCUCUACCCCAAUUUGCCUUAUAAGUUUACUUAUUACACGCGUACGGUCGUGGAUCUGGUUACAUUAACAUUUAACAAUUGGCAAGAUUUAUUAGCUGGCUAUCCAGAUAUUAAAACAUUGUUAUAUAGCAAAGCUAGUGUAUAUAAAAAGGAAGUGGAAUCCCAUCACUAA